AGCCGUUCUAAAUGAUUGUCUCGACACGGCCCAAUGCCAACCCAACUCCCAUCCCAAAGUCCAAUCCAACGGUGAAAGUAAAAUCAAGUUAUCACUCCAAAUCACCUAAUUAAGUGUAGCACUACAAAAUAACCAGAACAAAACAAUCAACACUCUCGCCGCCGGAGUUGUUCGAGAGAGGAGAGAGAAAAUUUGACGAUGAGGCUGUUAACACACAACAUGCUAUCUUCCAACAUCAAAGGUGUUAUCAAUGGCUUUCCUCUAAAAAUCGAAGCAGCCAAAGUGGUGGAGAAACAAGUCGAUAUGAAUUCCGAUUUUCUCAACAACAUCUUCAGCAAAAUCGAAUGGAAGCCAUUUGUUGAUGCUGCUAAAACCUUGGGAUUUUCCGAAUUACCUGAAGAUGUUGAUCAAUCUUUGCUUGUUUCUCAGGAAUUUCUUACCAAGUUUCAUCAUGCUCUGCUUGAGAUUCAUCUUGAAGAAGGUGCCCUUGUUUGCCCUGAAACUGGGCGUAAGUUCCCUGUUAAUAAGGGUAUUCCUAAUAUGCUUCUUCAUGAAGAUGAAGUUUGAUUUUGAUUCUUUUUAUUACUUGAAACAGUUACGAUUGUAAUUUGUAAUUUAUAAUGGAUGCAUAUUAAGUGUUUGAUGAAAUGUCUCAAUGAAGAAAAACGUGUUAUUUUGAUGCUAUGAUGCAAGUUGAGUAUUGA